AUGAAGACAAAACGCAACGGCACAACAUCUUCAAGACCUGUUGCACCGUCAACCAGAAAAGUGUGCAACUUGAUAAUUGACAGUGGCAGCUGCAAGAACAUCGUUUCCAAGUCCUUGGUCGCCACUUUGCAGUUGAAGACUGAGAAGCACCCAAACCCCUACAAGAUCAGUUGGAUCGAAAAGGGAGCCGAAACUAAGGUAUCCGAUACCUAUCGCAUUCUCUUUUCAAUUGGUCAAUCUUAUCGGGAUGAAGUUAUCUGUGAUGUGGUUGAGAUGGAAGCUUGUCACGUUUUGUUGGAAAGGCCAUGGCAAUACGACAUGGAUGCCACAUAUAAGGGUCGGGACAAUACGUACCUAUUCUGGUGGCACAGGAAGAAGAUCAUACUAGUACCGAAAGGGACUAACAACCCACUUCAAAAAAAUACUGCAAUAGGAGGAAUGUCUUUUCUAACGCUUGGGGAAGGACAAUUUAUGGAGGAAAUGAAGGCAACCGGGGCAUUCUUAACACUGGUGGUCAAAGGUCAGUUGUCGGUGCCCAACAUAGUCAUCCUGAGGGUAGUACGACCAUUGUUGGAAGAUUUCAGAUACCUCGCACCAGUUGAGUUACCAACCGAGUUGCCACCCAUGCGAGAUAUUCAGUACCACAUCAAUUUAGUGUCGGGCGCAAGCCUCCGCAAGCCGCCCCAUUAUCGUAAAAGUCUCAAGGAGCAUAAGAUUUUGCAAUAUCAAGUAGAAGAUCUUGUCUGUAAAGGUUUACUCAAGGAAUGCAUGAGUCCUUGUGUAGUACCAGCCUUACUCAUACUGAAAAAGGAUGGAAGCUGGAGGAUGUGUGUUGACAGCCGAGCCAUCAACAAUAUCACAAUGAAGUAUCGAUUCCCCAUUCCAUUGUUGAACAGCAUGCUGGACCUUUUGGCCGGGGCAAAGGUCUUUUCUAAACUUGACCUUCGUAGCAGCUAUCACCAAAUUCGGAUCCGACAGGGAGAUGAAUGGAAGACAUCUUUCAAAACAAAGGAGGGUUUGUACGAAUGGCUAGUGAUGUUGUUCGGAUUAUCCAACACUCUGAGGACCUUCAUGCGUGUGAUGAAUUAG